GGCGGCGGCAGGGGCGGCCCGGCCUCCUUGGGCGGACCCGGCCCGCGGCCGAACAGGUUUGAAAUCACACAGUCCUUUCAAUGAUGCUGGUGGUUAACGCGAUGGAAGACGGCAACAGUAAAGAGGUGGAGGAUAUUCUUCGACUUAAUGUUGGAGGUUGUACGUAUACUGCUAGGCGUAAAUCUUUAUGCCGUUUUAAGGAGUCAAUGCUGGCGUCCAUGUUCAGCGGGCGGUUUCCUCUAAAAAUGGAUGACUCAGGCGCCUGCCUCAUUGAUCGAGAUGGCACCCUCUUCAAAUACCUCUUAGAUUAUCUCCACGGCGAUGUUCGGAUUCCUGAAGAUGAGCAAACGCGAAUUGCGUUGCAGGAAGAAGCUGAUUACUUUGGCAUUCCGUACCCUUACAACCUUGCUGACCACUUGGCCAACGAAAUGGAGACGUAUUGUUUGAGGUCAAGCACAGAGCUGAAAAAGGCACUAAUAGGUUUUUGUGACUCGUACGGCUUAACGUGCAUCAAACCUACUGUUUGGGUCCUGCACUAUCUCAGCACUUCCGGAGCAAGCUGUGAGAGCGUAAUCGUUGGUGUUUACGCCACGAAAGCCGACGGGAUGGCUGCCAUUGAAAAACAACUGGAAGGGAGAAUUCACAGUAAAAAUAUUUAUAAGAGAGAGGCUGGAAAUAACGUGCAGUACAUCUGGAGCUACUAUUCGGUGGCUGAGCUGAAAAAGAUGAUGGAUGCGUUUGAGGCAUGGGAAGGGAAAGGGGUCAGUUACUGGAGAGUGCCGCAGGAACUGAUAGAAUGCUGGACUCUGGAGGAGCGCCCUGUGAAAGGAAGCCUCCAAAACAUGUCCCCUGUUCGGAAACGGCGGUUAAUUGACUCUACUGAAGGGGAGGAAAGGGACUCGGGCAGUCAAACGGGUCGAAAGCCCAUUCAGUUUUCAGGCCCCUCGACGAGUACCCAUAUCAAAGUCAAGAACUCCGCUUCCUUAAAGAUAGCCGCGUGUCAGGCAUCUUCUCGGUCCAAAGUCACUCUGAAACCACCUCCCGGAGACAGUUUGUCACCUUGCCAAUCAGGACCAAAAACACCGCCUGCCAAAUCCAUCUCAUUGACUAAAAAUUCGCAGGUGUCAGCUAGGAGUUCUGAGAACAGGACACUCUGUGCGAAGACUUCAGAGGCCCCGUCAGCCAAGAAACUCGCGACCAGCCGUGUGGUAAAACUCAAGCGGACUCCACUUUGCAGUGAAUUGUCAUCCCGACACUCUUCGCCAGUGCUGAGCCAGAUGUCUGAGCAGCAAGUCCCAGCGGCUGCCGUUGCCUCUGCUUCUCCAUCCCCAAGCCAGGAAGAAUUUGGGUUCCCGUUGGAAAGCGUUAAUAUUAAACAUCGUUUGCCGAGUGGCCAGCUCAAUGAUUGCACAUGACGUUUACAGUCGUGAUCCUACCAAAGGUGGAUCUUCUGACCUCCUGGAAGGCAGCUGACGGUGUCGGAAAGGAGAACCCCGGACAGUGUGGAGGAAAACGCAUUUUUACCUUUUUAAUGACAUGUCAGAAACCUUGAAUUUUUCUCCCUCCUUGUGGUGUGUAAAGGGUGUCGGGUUUUUUGCUGUGCUUUGCGUUGGGGUCUUAUUUCUUCAUGUAGAAUGGAAUUUCUAUGUGGAGGUCAUUGUAGAAUGGAAUGUGUGCUGGUCUGUGUGUACUCUGGGCAGAACAUCCAACAAAAACAAGCUACCACAGCCCUCUCAGUUUUGUAACGCCUUCAUAAACUUUUAAUAAUUUCUCCUGCAACUGUAAUGGCUGGUAUGGUUUGUAGUUUUUUUUAAGGGUCAUGGGUACUGUAGUUUAAUGAACUGUACAUGGCAGUGAAGCCUCCGCCCCCGUCUCCAACCAUGGAAAAUCCUUUUUAGCUGAUCUGUCUUGCCUCCUGAGGUCUUGGCAGGCAGCGCUCCCAAACCUCCAAGGGCAUCUUUGCAACCGUAAGGACCUCAGAGCAGUGUUCCCUCUAAGCUGAGUUA